CCUCUCCAAUUUCCUGUGAUCCCACCUACUGCCACCCUUUUAUAUGCUGCCUUCCUCUUCCUUCAUCCCUUGAGUUGUGUGCCUCCUCAAGCUCACAGUUGGGGGCAAGGAAAGUCUUAUUGCGGGAAGAACAGUUUUGGACAGAUCAUGGAGCUCACAGCGAUCUCUUUUGCUACUACUCUAGUAGCCUUGCUGAUUUCUUCUCCUGCAAUAGCUCAGACACCUCCGGCACCGAUCCUACCUCCAUCCCCAGCACCUGCACCAGCACCUGCGCCACACCAUGUGAACCUCACGGAGCUCCUCUCUGUCGCUGGUCCUUACCAUACCUUCCUCAACUAUCUUCUUCAAACCCGCGUCAUCGACACCUUCCAAAACCAAGCCAACAACUCGGAGCAAGGCAUCACCAUCUUCGUGCCCAAGGACUCGGCAUUCGCACUGCUGAAAACCUCAGCCCUGGCCAACCUCACCGACGACCAACUCAGGACGCUUCUCCUGUCCCAUUCAUUAUCCAAGUACUACUCGCUCUCGGAUUUCAGGAACCUCAGCAACAUGAACCCCGUCACCACGUUUGCCGGCGGGCAGUACACUCUCAACGUCACCGAGGCUGCUGGGAUCAUUCAUGUCGUCUCGUCUUGGUCAAGCCCAAAGAUAUCUAGCAGCGUCUACUCUACUGCACCAGUCGCCGUUUACCAGAUCGGUCGCGUCCUACUGCCGGAAGCAAUCUUCAGCGUUGAUCCGUCUCUAGCACCAGCUCCAGCUCCAGCUCCGGAGACCACGAAGGCAUCGGAUAUAGCCCCCAGUCACAAUGGAAUCGCUUCUUCUCCCAAAUCUUUAGAGUCACCAACUAAUACCGGCCGUUCUGCAUACAACACCAGGGGGGUUGGUCUCUUGAUCUACUUCGUUUUGGCUGUUUCAAGCGGUCUGAUGCUUCUUUAGUGAGCAGCACUGCAAAGCAUUUCAACUACAGCAUUUUGAUUCACUUUUCUGGCAGUUCUUUUUGACGGAGUGGUUUACAUAAAUAUGUCGUUUACUUAUACUUUUUGCUAUAUUAUAUGACGCAACAAUUUGUAUGUCAUCCGGAAUAAUGUCCAAUUGAUAUAUAGAAGGUUUUUUACCUCAUUGUA